UGACCUCAAUGGGAAAGGAGCCGGAGGAUUGCUUCUAGACACCGGAAGUGGUCCGUCUUUUCUUCCCCUUCCACCCCAAGUCCUGGAGCAAGUCGCCCAGAAUAACAGCGAACCCGGUGUUACCACCCUCAAACUACCCGAUCCACCAUUUCAUCGUCCGGCAGACCUGCCAGUCAAAGACAUCGAUAUCGAGCUUUGUUUCGUCUGCAAAAAGUGCCGCAUGGCAUACCCAGGCGAUUCUCCGUUACUCAGCCACCAAAGACAAUGCUACGGAGCCAACCAGGAGAACAGGGGCACCUUCAGGAUAGUCCAGAGUGGUUUCGAGUGUCGUCAGUGCAAUAAUGGCGAAAAAAUCAAAAAUUUGCUGGAAUUAAAGAGCCACUUUGAGUCGGGAAGUCACCAAUAUAAAGAUCAUGCUCCUCCUCAGAGUGAGAGUCCAUUAAGUCACGAGAUGGAAGACGUGGUGAAACAAAUCACUCUUCUGGCAGCCAGGGCAGCUCAGGAAAGCCCAUCCACUCAAGGUCAGGUAGUUGAUUCGAACUCCAAUACUUUCUGCCAGCCUGGAGAACCAAAAAGGAGGUUUCUUAGUCCAGGGGAGGUGGCGCAAGCUCUUGCCACUACCAGUCAUUAGAACUUCCUACGAUUUCAGUGGUGAAAAGUGAUUCUUAUUUUAUAAUACCAACAGAGAAUAAGAUUUACUUUCAUCACGUUAAAAAUGAUUACAAAGAAUUAUAGAUUACAUUAAUCUAAAAAAAUCCGGUAUUAAUUAUUAUAUUAUCAUCCAAAAAUUAUUGGUGAUAUUUGGUCGAAACAUGUAAGAGAAAUAAUCAAGAUCUCUCGCUUAUAAGUAACUCCUAUUAAAAGAAAACUUAGUCUCGUAAAACUUACGUAGCUGUGUAAAAUAAUAAUUAUUGUUGUAUGUAUUAUAGAAAAGUAGGGUUAUGUUUCCUAUACUGCAACUGAUAGUUACUAAGACGACGCGGGUCGAAGGUUCCCGAUCGACGGGCGAAAACGCCCGAGCCGCACCCGAGACCCGCCCCCUGGCAGUUCCUGACGUUUUUUUUGUUCGUGUGACGAGUGUGCGUGUGUGUAUAUAUUAGAGAAACCAAGUAAAAUGAAUAAUCGAACACUGCGACAUUUAUGAUGUUCCUAAUUGUAACCUUAUCUCGCAUAGGCGCGCGCAGUGGAACCACCCGGUUCGAAUUUCGCGCGCGCCGGCAAACUGCACGCGCCCUCUACCGGGGGCGUCAGUAAAACAAGUUCCUAUUGGGCGCGGUCCGGCACUGUUCCUCAAUUUGAAAAUGAUAAACGCAAAAAGAGAGGACCGCGCCCGUUUAUUUCUAUUAUUAUUAUUGAUAAAAUGAAAAAAGAUAUUUGCAGAAAUCUUUUUAUUGCUCUAUAUAUUGAUUCAUUUAAUUAACUUAUUAUUAUUAUUAUUGAAAAGUUGCUGUAUUUAAGUCGGAAUCGGUUUGACGGGGGACGGAUUGACGUUCGGAGCGUCCUGUCAAUCUCCCCUGUCAUUUCGAUCGAGUAUAUAUGUAUAUUUAUAUGUAACUGAAGAUGAUAUCAAGCUAAAAAGGUGAAACGUGCUUUUUUAAGUAUCUCGCAUGAGUAAAACUAAAAAAAUAACAAGAUAUCUUUAUCUGGCGAAUUGGUUCCUAUUAACUAAUAAUUAGUUGUAAUUAACAAUACAGUGUUUUACUUGAGAAUCGUUAUGGGAAGAGUUUAGAGGACUUUACCUUUUUAUCCUGAAAACCCGAAAAGUUAGGUACGCGUUCUUUUUUUUGAAUCAAAUAAGAAAAGAACAAGAUCAUUUUAUUAUUAUCUAUAUAAAUUAUUAUAUACGAGUUUCGGUUUACGGGAUAUAAACUCCUCCCACGGCGGAAUGUAUCUAGUUAUGUUUCAGUUGGUUUCCAACGUCAUCGUAUAUAUAGUAGUAGAUAUAUAUUUAAAAUUUUAACUCUUAGGUUAAAACAAAACGUAUCCAAAAUAACUCAAAAUGGGAAACGCUCCCCAGUGGGCGUGACCUACCUCGCAUUGAAAAGUGAGUUUUAUUGGAACUAAGUGUGAUUGUUGAUAUAGAAAAACGAUUUGUUGCCCGAUGCACCCUCUCAAUUGCCAAUUUACUUUUUUCAGAAACAUGAGUAAGAAUUACAGGAUUAAGUCUCAACUAAAUGCUCUAUAAUUUGACAUUCGUUAAAAUUUAUUUUCAAAUUUGAGAAUCAACAGAUUUAACUACAUUAAUAAUAAAAUUCGUUUUAAGUUUUCUAA